AUGGCCAUACCCUCUCCUUUUGCCUUACUAUUAUUUCUCUCUUACCUCUUUCUCUUCACUUUCUUCUCCACCGCCACCCCCUUCCUACACCCAUCAUCCUCUCCGCCUCAUAUUGAUAGUCCUGAAGUUAAACAUACCGACACUUUCUUUUUCUACUUUUGGCAUUCUCCUCCACCUCCCCAAUCUUCACCUCCACCUCCACUUCCUCCUCCCCCUCCACCUCCACUCCCUCCUUCCCCUCCACCUCCAAUUCCUCCUCCUCCUCCGCCUCCACAUCCUCCUCCUCCUCCACCUUUCUGUGCCACACCAUCACCACCACCACCACGUCCGCCACCUCCACCUCCACCUCCACCUCCACCUCCACCUCCACCUCAUCCUCCUCCACCACCUCCCCCCCGGCGGUCUCGUCCGCCUCCCCCGCCGCCCCCAUCGCGACUUAAAAUUGCAUUUAAUACAAUACAAAAAUUCCUACCAAGAGUGGAGCUUGACCCGCAAAAUAAAUUAAAGACGUGGAAAGGGCCAGAUGUUUGCAAAUACGAAGGGAUUGGCUGUGAUAAAGUUCCGGAUUACAAAACCAUAGCAGCGUCGGGAGUAAGCAUCAACGGCUACGGAUGGAGUGGUUCUAAGCUGACUCUAAAUGGGUUCAUCGACCAGUUGCCGGAUAUCGCUUACUUCCAUGCAAACUCCAACAACUUCUCCGGCACCAUCCCUGAACUCAUCUCUGAUCUCAGAUUCUUCUACGAGCUUGACCUUAGCAACAACAAAUUCUCCGGCGACUUUCCAAAGCAAGUUCUAGGCGCUACAAAACUCACGUUCUUGGAUAUAAGGUUCAACACUUUCAGCGGUCCAGUGCCGGGGAAACUGUUUGAUAUGGACAUUAUCACGGCUAUCUUCCUCAAUGACAAUAAGUUUAAUAACUGCAUUCCGGCUAACCUCGGCAACACCCCUGCUAGGUACCUAACGUUCACAAGCAACGAGUUCACCGGCCCCAUCCCAAAAAGCAUAGGAAUCGGAAAAACAAAGACGAACCUAAUCGAAGUCCUGUUCUCCGACAACAAGCUCUCCGGCUGCUUACCGAUGGAGAUCGGUCUCUUAGAGAACACCAUUCUCUUCGACGCAAGUAAAAACUCUCUCACCGGCCCAAUCCCAUUUUCCUUUUCUUGCUUAGCCAAAAUGCAGGUUCUCAAUUUCGCGAACAACACCUUAUACGGCGCCGUGCCGGAAGGUGUGUGCAAGUUACCAGACAUCCAACAAUUGACCCUCCGCAACAACUUCAUCACCCAAGUCGGCCCCAUCUGCCGGAGCUUGAUCUCGAAGAAAGUUCUAGACGUUUCGGGAAACUGCAUUUUGGGUCUGCCGGAACAGAAAUCGGAAGAGGAAUGUACUCAUUUCUUCACUCAUGUUGAGCUGUGUCCUGAUGAGAAGUCAAUGAAGUACAUUCCUUGUAAAGAGAAUUGGUAUUUGAAUGAAGAUCCCGCCGCCGUACUCCGUCGGCCGGCCAGAAAAGUGACGGAGUUGAGAACAUACGCAGCUCUUUCUCCAGUACAUUAAAUUUCGCAUUCAAUGUGAUGUUUACUUUUCUCUUCUUUCUGUGUGUUUAUUACUUAUCUAUUUGGUCCACAAAUUAAUUAUAUAGUUCUUAUAUAUUAUUAUUAUUAUUAUUAAGAUGCAAUCAAAAAUAAAGAGAUUUGAGGUUGAGAUAAUUGAGAUUGGUAAUUGUGAAAAUGUAUGUAUGCAUUAGUGAUUUUUAUUUGUAUUGAAAUCUAAUCAAUGUAUAAUGAUAGUAACACUCGAGUCUCACUUGGCUCCUACUUUUACCCAUUUUA